UCCGCGGGGUCCCGGGGAAGCCGCGGGCACGGCGGUGCCCCGGACCCGCCCCGCGGGCGCGGAGAGGCGCGGAGCGGGGUCCGGGCGGCCGUUUCCCACCCUGCAGUGACACCUGGCGGGGGCGAGCGCGGCAGGAGCCGGCGGCGGCCCCGAGCAUCCCGCCCGGCCGCUGCGUCCCUGCCCCGGGCGGACCCCGACGGGGCGGCCGCGGGAGCGCGGCCGGGGGCGCGGCGGCCGGAGUUGCCCCGCGGGACAGCGGGCGGUGGGCAGGGGCCCGCAGGGGGCUGUCCGCCGUGCCCUCGGGGAGGCGGGGGUCGGUCCGGCCGGAGCCGCGGCUCCGCGCUUCUGACUCUGCCCAAUGAGAGCCCGCAGCCCGCCGCGAGCUGUCAAUAUUUGGCCGCAGCCCCCGCACUCCCAUCCCCAGUGCGUCCUCGCCCUCCGCGCGCAGCUCUCCGUGGCCCAGCCCGGCCCCGCCGCCCGCCCCGCUCUGCUCGGGGGGCGCUGAGCACCGGGACCCCCUUCCCCAGAGCCCCUCCGCCCCCCCACCCCCCGCAGCAGUAUGCUCCCGGGCGCGGGGGCGCAGCCGGGGCUCGCUCAGCCGCGCGGAGCCGGGAGCCGCGCACCGGGGCAGUGACGGGCACGGCUCGGCGCCCGCACGGCCGUCGCCCGAGGGGAGCGCGGGCGGGCCCCCGGCUCCGCUCGUUCCUCCGGCCGGAGCGCGCCGCGCAGAGAUAUGCUGAGCACAAACCGCCUGGAAGCGCCUCCUGGGAUUGCCGUGGCCCCCGGGCGUGCGGAGUGCGGAGCCUUCCCUCGGACGGCGGGCGCGGCCCCGCGGAUUUACCUGCCCUUCGUCCUCAUCCUGCUCGCCCUGCCGCCCCGCGCCGACUCCUCGUGGUGGUACAUCGGGGCGCUGGGCGCGAGGGUGAUCUGUGACAACAUCCCUGGGCUGGUGAACAAGCAGCGGCAGCUGUGCCAGCGGUACCCCGACAUCAUGCAGUCAGUCGGGGAGGGAGCCAAGGAGUGGAUCCGGGAGUGCCAGCACCAAUUCCGCCACCACCGCUGGAACUGCAGCACUCUGGACCGGGACCACACCGUCUUCGGCAGGGUCAUGCUGCGAAGCAGCAGGGAGGCCGCCUUUGUCUAUGCCAUCUCCUCGGCAGGGGUGGUGUAUGCCAUCACGCGGGCCUGCAGCCAAGGGGACCUGAAGGCCUGCGGCUGUGACCCGCUCAAGCGGGGCCGCGCCAAGGACGAGCGCGGGGAGUUUGACUGGGGCGGCUGCAGCGACAACAUCAACUACGGGAUCCGCUUUGCCAAAGCCUUCGUGGAUGCCAAGGAGAAGAAAGUGAAGGACGCCCGGGCGCUGAUGAACCUGCACAACAACCGCUGCGGGAGGAUGGCUGUGAAACGCUUCCUGAAGCUGGAGUGCAAAUGCCAUGGAGUCAGCGGCUCCUGCACACUAAGGACUUGCUGGCUGGCUAUGUCAGAUUUUCGGAAAACAGGGGAUUAUCUAAGGAAGAAAUACAACGGGGCCAUCCAAGUGAUAAUGAACCAGGACGGCACCGGCUUCACCGUGGCCAACAAGAACUUCAGGAAGCCCACAAAGACUGACCUGGUCUAUUUUGAGAACUCACCUGAUUACUGCGUGAUGGACAAGUCAGCAGGCUCUCUGGGCACAGCAGGUCGUGUGUGCAACAAGAUGUCCCGCGGGACGGACGGCUGCGAGGUGAUGUGCUGCGGGCGGGGGUACGACACCACGCGCGUCACUCGUGUCACCAAGUGUGAGUGCAAGUUCCACUGGUGCUGCGCCGUGCGCUGCAAGGAGUGCGAGGACACUGUGGACGUGCACACAUGUAAAGCACCAAAACGGGCUGAGUGGUUGGACCAGACCUGAAGAGAUGACAGCAGCAGAGGAAAGAGUCAGCUGCAAAGCCCCCCCCAACCUUUCCAAUUUUCUAAAACACCUGUGCCCUGUGGGCCAUGGCGUUCUGGGAGCUAUAGGUCGACUGCAUGGCUUUUAUUUAAUUAAUUCUGCAAAGCACUAAAGAAAGGACUACAUUUCCCAGGAGGUACCGUGGACCCUUCUCAUUGCUCAGCAAAACUAAUCCCUUCCCUAGGAGGAGUCCGCAAUCCUUGCUUCAACUGUGAAACUUCUGUAGCCUAUUGUUCUCUCUGCAAAGGGACAGUGCACCUGAUGGACUUGGAGAACCGAUCAUCAGGAUGCAAUGACUGAGGAAUGCUGCAUCUCGCCAGAGAAUUUACAGUGAAGUUUCACCAGCAAAACAACACUAGUUCAGAAUAAUAAACUCCUGCAGAAAGCACUCUUGCGUUUCCUUUUUUUUUUUUUUUUUUUUUUUUUUGGAAGGCCAGAGGAAGGGUGUUGCAAAUUCUUAAGUUCCAAGAUCUCCAUGUUUCCCUCGAGCAGACCUGGCAUACUGACCCCAGCUGCACUACUGAUGCUCGCUGAACGAGAGCAACUCCUGCACAGUCUUCUCCCAUCUCCCCAGUGAGGAUGAUGAGCAGAGUUGUGAACUGCCAACAGAAGCCUGAAUGACUGCAAGAAGACAAAGGCUAUCCAUAGACGUUUGCAGACAGAGGGCUAGAGAAAGCAAACAGAAUCUGUGAACUUACUGGUAGGUUCAGAAGUUGAUGGGUACAACAGCAUCUCUCUGUAAAACUCACUUGUAUGUUGUGUAUACUGCUUAUUAUUUUAAGUCAAAAUUCAUUAUAAACCUGUAUCAGAAAAUGAUGUUCUUGCUUUUUGAAUUUCUGCAUACCCACUUGUGUGCUUCCUCCCAAGGGGGACUCAGCCUGCAGUUCUUCCUCCUGCUUGUCUGCAGCUCCUGCCACCCUAAGGCAGGGACCUCCCCACCGCAGGAAUUACCCCCACAAACAAUUCUCACACAGCAGAGACAUGGCAUCCAGCAGGCAAAUCCCCCAGGGGAAUCCUCACAAGUAGCAGCACGCUCCAGGACAUCUUAUGUCAGGGCAUAACACUGGGUCAAGCAGGAGGCACAAGAUUAGCUCCAAAUCUUUCCCUUAAAAAAAAAAAAAAAAAAAA